UUUCAACUAAAAUGCAACUUUUUUCACUGAUCGUUGCCGCCAUAGCGACGCUGUUUAGGUCCGGACAGUGUAUGAACAAAAAAUGAGAAUGGGAUAUGAAAAUUGCUAUUUUAUCAAAAUUAGAGCUUAAUCAAAACUCGAAUAUAUGCCGAAUCGAGCAAGAGAUUGUACUAAUUUGUAUGCAAACUUAUAUCACGUUUUGCGAGGUUACAUUUUUGUUGACAAGCAAGAAAACUAUAAACGGCGUCUUUUGUGAAUACAGUUCGGCGUCGCCCUAAAUAAACGAAACUUUUUUUUUUGUAGCGGUGGAAUAAUUCAAUAAAAAGUUAGCUAUUGGUAGGCUUGCGUCGUCUUUAUCUCUUUAUGACUCUGCUCACAAAUAAAGUAACACGCUUAAAGGUUAAUUUAUCAUUCUUUAAUACAAACGUAGGCUAAGAUAAGAACGUCGACGCCCUCAGAGGCUGUUCUGUUCCUCACUGACAGAGUUGACUCAUUGUAACUAGACACUAGACGGGCUUUGCUUUGCAGUCUGGACAUAAAGCUGUGUCCACAAAUACCUUUUAGCUAUACGCGCUAACACGCAGCUAGAAAAGUCUAGCUGCAACACUCAAACUACUUAAUUUUUUCCCCCGGCUACAGGAAAGAAAAGUUACAGUCAACAUGGAGUCUUGUUUGAGGAUUGUUUUACUUCUUUUUCUUGUUAGUGGAACAUUAACACAAGAGGGAUUCGAUCUGGCCGACGCUCUCGGUGGCCCAGAUCCGACACCUGCGCCCAAAGCCCCAGAGAAGCCUAAAAUUGAAGAGCCUGUAAAACCCAAGAAACCGUCUGGAGAUGACUUCGGGCUUGAUCUGGAGGAUGCUCUGAAACCAGAUAAACCAGAGCCUGAAAAACCCAAGAAACCCACCUCUGGAGGUGGAGGAGGGGACUUUGACCUUGAUCUGGAGGAUGCUCUGAAGCCAGAUAAACCAGAGCCUGCAAAACCCAAGAAACCCACCUCUGGAGGUGGAGGAGGGGACUUUGACCUUGAUCUGGAGGAUGCUCUGAAGCCAGAUCCCAUAACCACACGUCCUCCUGACAAACCUGUUAAACCAAACGCUGGAGGAGGCGGUGGAUCGUUCGACGACUCUGACUUGUUUGAUGUUAGUGGCGGGGACUACAAGCCCGACGGAGGCCGCCACAAGCCUGACGGAGGCUCCGGCCAUGAUACUCAGAGCGAUGCUGACCAGCCUCAAGGAGCUGGAUCUGGACAGAUCGCAGGGAUUGCCAGCGCCAUCGGAGUAGCUCUUUUGGGAGCAGCUUCCAGUUACUUUGCUUACCAGAAGAAAAAACUCUGCUUCAAGCUGCAGGGAGGUGCAGACCCAGAGAGUGGAAAAGGCCAGCAUGGUACUCAGUCUGAACCUCAAGUUCUCAGCAACCUGCUCAGGACGUCCUAGACAACUCUGCACUCGCACAACACAAGUCAGAACUCAACUUUAUCCGACUUUCAGUAAACUGUCAUGUGUCGUCUUUGGUCGUAAGAAUGAGACUCUCUGAGUCUCUCGUUGAUGAAGCUGCAGCCUGAUGAGUGUAAAAAAUGGAUACAACUAAAACUUAACUUGAAAACUGUAAAAUAAAAAUCGGCCCUGUUUGGUUUAUUUUUACGUUCACAUUUAAAAAAACUACAAUUAGUUAUCAGAACAACUGAGUAAUGAUUUAAACAGAUACUACUGUACACAUGAACACUUUGUAUAGUUUUUUUGUCUUUUAAACCUGACUCUACCACUAUAGUAACUACAUAUAAGUGUUUACAUAGUUGCUAUAUGGGUGGGGUGUUUGUUACAGAAUAGACUCCUUCCUGCCAUCCUCUAACCUAUAACUUCAGAUUGUGACUGUGGCAGACCUCACCCAGCUGGCGUCUAAGAAGGAUCGAACAAACCUUGUGUAUUUUCAUGUGUACAUCCUCAAAAUGGAUGUACAGUAUUUUCCUAAGCACCUUAUAUUUUAAAGGAUUGGCUCACCCAAACCACAACAGAGAAAAAAACAGGGGUUGUGUUUUACUUUACCAAGUUUUUAGAUAUAUGUGUCCACGAUGAUCCCACUGUUUUUUUUGCAACAUUGGUGAACUGACCCUUUAAUGCACACCUCAGAGUCUCCCUAAACCAUAGAUUGUAAAUUCUCAAAUAACAGCUAGAGGCGUGUCCAGCACGGAUAAAUAAAGGCUGGUAAAAACAAUGAGUAGGGGGAGGAACUUUACUUUACUGUAAGUAUAUUGAAUUCAGUGUUAUAUACAUUUCUACAGCACUAAUUCCAUCAGUCCUGUGAUACUCACUGCUACUCUCACUUUCUCUUUUAUCACAAAUACUGUUUUCAUUCACUGUUUACCUCCGGUCGGUUCCACUUUGCCAUUUUUUUGAGCACUGUUAAGUUGCAGUCAAUAGGACAGAAAAUCUUGCGGGUAGGUGCAUCAGAUCAUAAACUGUGACUGUGAAAGGACCAAAAAAUACAAAUUUAAAAAAGUAAAGACAUUCCAGUCCUCAGACCAUCAUCAACAAUUCCUGAUGAAGGUAUGAGGACCGUGAUGAAGUGAGUACAAGUGAUCAACAAUAUGGAGUAUUUUUGGUUCUUUCUAAGUUACAGUCAGUAAAAUCAACACUUCCUGUCGGUUUCAAACUAAAAACCCAUUAGGAACAGCAUGGGUUAUGCCUUUUGAGCAGCUGUAAGGCUUUUAAUGUGAAAUAGAAGUGAGUUUCAUUGAUGGUAGCUCAACAGUGAUCGAAAGAACGACAAAGUAGAAGUGAUUGGAACUGAGUAAGGGCAGUAUUUCUAAAAAGUUUUUAGCAGAGUGCUGAGUAUGACAUGACUGAUGCACUGAUGGCAUUAGGGCUGAGGAAAUAAUAAUGAACUUUCGUGCUUAGUGCUGAGUUUGCAUCAGCAGUAAUGGCUCUGUGACAAAUACAGCUCUUGUCCACUAUUUGAGAAUUUACAAUAAUCCAUUCUACAGCCUAAUUCAAUGAUGUUUCAAGUUGUUGUAUUGAUCUAAUCAUCAUGUAAGUGGAUUUCAGUCCAGCAGAAGGAGCUUCUCAUGUAGAAUGCUGAUUGUGAUGUCAGCAGAUGGAGAUUAUGGAGCAUAAACAUAUUACAUGUAUUUAAUAAAUGUACACAAGUCAGUGAGAUUUAUUUGACAUAUGUAAGUGACAUUGCUUAGGAUCUUUUGUGUCACAUAUGUAAAUGUAACAUACAGUAGAUGGUAUAACCCUUAGAUUUUUGUUUGUUGUGUUGGGGAAUGCUCCAAAAUUUGUGCACUGCAAAAUACAUUUCUGUCUGUAAUUUAACUCCUUAAAUUCUUAUUCUCUUAUAAGCUGCACUAACACAUAUUUUCAUAAUAACAGUGGAUCAAAUGACUGUGUAAUGUGAAAAGAGAAUUACCACCACCUCUGCAGUUCUGCUUCUAGCUCAUUGUUUUGGUUUUCUGGCCCACUCACUCUUCUUUUUAAAGUCAGACAAAGACGGCGACAACUAGCAGCUAAAGGUCAGAUGUUAUGUUUUUAGGUUGUUCUGCUGCCCCCAAGUGGCCAGAAACUCAACUAACGCAACUUUAAAACUCAAACAAGCAAUAAUUCUUCAAACAAGUUCAAAUAUUAUCUCACUUUUUUUUAAAGAAUAUAGGAUUUUUAGGAAUCAGUCAGACAGAAAUUACCUGAUUUGAUGGAGAUUUCUGCAGUUUUGUGUAUUUCUUUUUACUUAUAUUGCUGCUUUGUUGCUCUUUUUGCUUGCCGUAGCAGAGCAGCAGCGUUGACACACGUGCAGCACUCUGAGGCGGUGCAAAUGCUGCAUUUUUCCACAAUUAUAAUCAUGAAUCAACAUUUCUAGUUCCAUUACAGUUCUCUGCACUAUGUUGAAUUUGGUCUCCGUUCCCUCUGAAAUACUCGUGUAAUCAGUUUAUUAGAGACACACAUGAGCACAUAAAAAACUAUAACAUCAGAACAAUUACAUUAUGAGGUUAUGAUUGGAGAAUUGUCGUUACGAUGCUAAAAUAUUGAAAUGAGCUGCACCCAGUGAGCUGUAAAUACUUGAGAAUAAUGUGUAUAGACACUGCUGACUCGCUUCAGGCUUGAUGCUGCCUUGUGCAUCGAGCUUUUCAGUAUCAAUCAUGAUCUCAAAGUGAGUUUUGAGAGAUUUUUGUAUUCAAACUUGUCUGAGUGUAAGAAACAUAGAAUAUCCAGGUAUAUUACAUAUGAUGAUUAGAUGAAUGUUAUUUUAGUGAGUUGAUUUUAAGUGUGUGUACAUGUUUUCAAUAAAGUGGUGUUGUACAGUU